AUGGUCGCUCUUACACAAAUCCAGUCGUCCAACGCCCAGAUCGCGUCCUCUCUUCCUCCAGGUCUGGUUGCGGUUUUUGUCGGUGCAACCAGCGGCAUCGGUGAACUGUCGCUGAAAGCAUUCGCCCAGCAUGCCACUCAACCCCGGAUCUAUUUUAUCGGUCGCUCCCAAGAGGCGGCAGAUCGCAUUACCGCCGAAUGCAAGUCACUCAACUCCCAAGGAGAGUAUAUCUUCCUCAAAGCCGAUGUGAGCUUGAUUCGUGCAGUGGACGACGUCUGUCAAGAGAUCAAGAAGAAGGAGAAGGCGAUCAAUCUCCUCUUCCUCAGUCAAGGGACCUUGAUCAUCAAGACCGAAACGUCCGAGAAGCUUCAUUUUGCGACCGCGUUGGCCUACUAUUCCCGCACUCGAUUCAUUCUCGAUCUCCUUCCCUUGCUCCAGCAAGCCACCGGUUUACGUCGCGUGGUAACCGUCUUCGCCGGCGGUAAAGAAGGUUCGAUCGAUACCGACGACUACCAAGCAUGGAAGGUUCCGAUGAUGUCCAUGCGUGGCCAUGUGAGUUCGAUGCUCACUCUGUCCCUGGAAGCCAUUGCGCAGAAAGCACCGGACGUGACGUUUAUCCAUAACUUCCCGGGAGCGGUCAAGACGAAUCUGGCAAGAGGGGGCCAAGGAGUGGCCAUGGCGGCGAUCAGGGCCGUUUUCAAGGUCAUUGGGCCGUUCAUUUAUCUUCCGAAUCAGGAAGUUGGGGUUCCCGUUGCAAAGGGAACUGAUGGCAAGACUGGUAGUGGCGUGUACUCGAUCGACUGGGAUGGGGAGAGCGCGGGCCCGAAGACGGUGGAGCUCUUAGCCAAGCUCAGAAAGCAAGGGCUCGUGGAAAAGUUGUGGGAACAUACUAUGGGGGAAUUCACGCGGAUCACCGGAAAGGAAGCCGCAUAG